CAGAGCCAUGGCCUGAGCCGAGCGGCUGGUGCGGACCUCCUCGACGAUCAAGGGCGGGCUGCAGCGGCGAAGGCGCACGCCGGCGCUGGCAAGGGUGCGAGGUCAGCAUGCGCAUGAAAGCGUCCAGCCGGCGACUGGCGCGCCCGGGUCCUGCUCGCUCCCACCACCACCACCGCAGCCAUGGGUCUCUCCAUCGACAGCUUCGUGCACGCGCUCGAGCCGCUGCUGCGCCUGCCGCUGGCGCCGCUCGCCAUUGCGGCGCUGGCGGCGCUGCGCAACAGCGACGCCGCCGAUGCGCUCUACAUUCUGCGCACGCAGCCGGGCAAGGAGGCGGCACGCGAGUUCCUCGCCGUCGUGCGCCGUGCCAUCCGCGAGAGCAAGCUGCUCAAGCUCGUGCUUGCCAUCGUCGCCGCCCGCACGCUCAACCGCGUCGGACACCGCCUCUUCGUCGACCGCCAGGCGCGCCGGCGCAUCGACUGGCGCCGCCACGUCGUUGUCAUCUCUGGCGGCGCACGCGGUAUCGGCGGCGGCGUCGCCGAGCGCCUUGCCGACCGCGGCGCCAAGGUGGUCACACUGGACAUGGCCGAACGCACCGCGCACUCGCGCGAGACGCGUCACUUCAAGGCAGACGUCACCGACGAGGCGCAGCUGCUCGAGGUGCGCGAGCGCAUCCACAAGGAGCUCGGCAUGGUGACCAUGGUCGUCGCCUGCGCCGGCAUCGCGCGUCCGUGCGCCGUGCUCGACCCGCCCGACGUGAUCUCGCUGGCCUACCACACCAAGAUGGUCGACGUGAACCUGAAUGGCACUCUCAACUUCAUCCGCGUCUUCAGCCAGGACAUGCUGCCAAAAGCCAAGGAGGGCGAGCCGCGCGUCGAGGGCGGCGCCCCGGCGAACGGCUGGGGCGGCCACAUCCUCAUGAUCGCCUCGGGCGCCGCAUUCACGUCGCUGCCCUACAAUGCGAUGUACUCGGCCUCCAAGGCCGGCGCCGUUGCGCUGUGGACGUCGCUCGGCUGGGAGCUCGACGUGGUGCACAAGGCGCGCGGCGUGCGCAACAGUGUCAUGUGCCCGCUCAAGGUCGCGACGGCGAUGACGGACAACGAGCGCAUGAGUGACCAGGCGGACCAGUUCAUGACGCCUACGCUGUCUGUCGAGCAGGUCGCAGACCGCAUGGUGCAGAUCCUCGAAUCGGACCGCGGCCAGAUGGUGCACCUGCCCGCCGCCGCCAAUGCGAUCGCGCUCCUCUCGCCUGCGCUGCCCGACUGGCUGCGCCGCGCAAUCUUCAAAGCGCUGGGUGCGCAGCGCACCUUCUUUGCCUUUGCGCAGAACAACCGGCGCAUGGUCGCCGAUCCGUGAGCUGCGCGCAGCCUCACAGCACACGCUGUGCUCUCUGUCGCGGCUCUCGCUGGACGGCAGCACUGGACCACAUGCAAUGAGAUACCGGGC